UCUGCUGCAUAUCUCUCGACUUCUAGUGGCUCUAUUAUUCACAACUGAAACAUGGGACUGCUCGUCUAGUGUCCAGGAACAAAAACAUGGGUUUUGAUCGGGAAACUUCAUUUAAAUUCUCUCUUUCUUGCCGGUACGACUAAAUAAAGAGAAGUUUAUCAGCUCGUUCUUCUGCCGCGCUCUUCAACCAAUCUUCUUCUUCGCGGAAACACGGCAAAAACGUGCUCGAGCCAACGAAAGACGAAUGCUCAAUGUCAUAGGACACGUUGUUUUGCAGGCAAAAUGACGACUUUUUCUUCACGUGGGGGCAGACAGAAAGCGUCUAGACAGAGAUCACCAAGCAUCAAAAGAAGUUUCCUAUAAGUAGCCCCCUUCGAUGGAAGGUGAAGGUCACAAGAAGAAAGAGACUGAGCACAACACAAGUAUCCUUUGUUGUUCUGGAUCAAGGGAUUUGUACAAGUUCAAUUUGUCUUGUUGAGAGAGAGAGGAGAGCCGAUGGGAACAUUUCUAGGGUUUGCGGUCACUAUGACCCUGCUCUUCUGCAUGGCUCAAGGCGAAGUCCUCCACUAUGAUUUCGUGGUAAAGGAGACACCUAUUGACAUGUUGUGUGAGACAAAUCGAACCAUAUUGACCGUGAAUGGUCUGUUUCCUGGGCCGGAGAUCCGUGCUUACAAGGGCGACACCAUCUACGUUAAUGUCACCAACAUAGGACCUUAUGGCAUCACUAUUCACUGGCAUGGAGUGAGACAAAUCCGGUAUCCCUGGUCUGAUGGCCCAGAGUACGUCACGCAGUGCCCGAUCCCUACGAACUCGAGCUUCCUUCAGAAAAUCAUACUCACUGAAGAAGAAGGCACGGUGUGGUGGCACGCGCAUAGCGACUGGUCACGCGCCACCGUGCACGGUCCUAUAAUCAUUUUGCCCAUCAACGACACCUACCCUUAUGAGUUUGAUGUACAACACACAAUCGUGAUUUCUGAAUGGUAUGCAAGAGAUGUGAUGGACAUAAUCACCGAGGCUCUUGAAUCUGGAGGCGAUCCGGACUUGUCCGUGGCUUAUACCAUUAAUGGUCAACCGGGAGACAGUUAUACAUGCUCUAACGGUUCGGCAUACAAUAUAACAGUUGUGCAAAACAAAACGUAUCUCCUCCGGAUCAUCCACUCCGGGAUGAACGAAGAGAUGUUCUUCGGCAUAGCCGAGCACAAUAUCACUGUGGUCGGAAUGGACGGAGCUUAUUUGAAGCCGCUUAAUACUGAUUACCUCAUGAUAACUCCCGGUCAAACAAUGGACGUUUUGGUCACCGCGAACCAAACCCCUGGUCGCUACUACAUGGUUUUUAGUCCGUUUGUGGACACUACCGCCCCGUCCAAUGAAAACAUCACAAUGGGGAUAUUCCAAUACAAUGGCAUUUAUAACCACUCAGAGACUCCCGUGUCACCCGAGCUUCCAGGUUUUACCAACAAGAGUGAUGCUGGAAACUUCACUAUUCAGUUGAGGAGUUUGAAUAGUGAAGAACAUCCGUCCACGGUUCCAACCAACAUCACUAGGAACAUUACGAUCACAGUAUCCGUGAAUAGCCAGCCGUGUCCCGCUAAUAAAAAUUGUAGUGGUCCAAACGGCGGUAUGCAUUCGGCAAGCUUGAACAACAUAAGUUUUUGGGCUCCGUCAAUUAGCAUUCUCCAAGCAUACUACAACAAUCUAAUAGGAGUCUACAACAAAACUUUUCCGGAUGAACCACCUUUCGUGUUCGACUACACCGGGAAUGUAUCGGCCAUAGGGGAAGCAACCAAUGUGAGUACCGAAGUGUUGAUGAUUAACUAUAAUGAGGAGGUCGAAAUAAGAUUUCAAGGGACCAAUUUAGGAGCAGCAGAAAAUCACCCUAUGCAUUUACAUGGCUAUAGCUUUUAUGUCGUCGGAAUGGGCGAUGGAAAUUUCAGCGACUCUUAUGUGUCGGAUUAUAAUACGGUGGAUCCACCGUAUAUUAACACCGUCGGACUCCCCAAAAAUGGGUGGACAGCGAUCAGAUUCAAAGCCGAUAAUCCAGGAGUGUGGUUCAUGCACUGUCACUUAGAACGCCAUGCGAGCUGGGGAAUGGACACAGUCCUCAUCGUCGGAGACGGGAAGGAAAAGCAUCAGAAGGUGUUUCCGCCGCCGAAAGACAUGCCUCCUUGUACCGUGUCAUAAUCUGGAUGUUGUCUGCUUUGAGUUCAUUGCUAGUGCAAAAGGCUGUUGACAUGCCAUUGGGAAUAAAUCAUCUGUAUUUUGUACCGAAGGAUGCACUUCUGCACCAUUCUAAUAAGUUUCCAUCGUAACA